CCAAUUUGACGGUGGUGCUCUGUGCUCUUCCUAGGAGCGCUCACAGGAGGAUCUGGACCAGGAGUGGGAGCAGUAUGUGGACCAUCUGCAGCAAAACUCCAGCGACCUCCAUCAGAUUUUUAAUUCCCUCUGGGCCUUAGACAAAACCAAGGUGGACCCUUUGCUGUUGUUGAAAGCAGCCCUCAUCCUGCAGAGCUGCCAGCGCUGUCGCCACGUGCUGGCCGGGUGCAUCCUCUACAAGGGCCUGGACUGGCAGCUGCGCAAGGCCUGUGCGGGUGAUCUCUCCGCCUUUUCCCUGUGCAGGGUGGUCAGUACGCAGCUUCCACCGGAGCUCACCGCCAGGGUUUUGCUGCAGAAGAGAGCAGAGGAUGAAAAUAGUGGGCCAGAAAAGGCGGCAGCACAACUCAAGGAGGGCAGUUCUCUGACCUCUUUUGCACCAAUGACUUUACCGCCAGGGGUCUGCGUCAUGCCUGUUUACCUCUUGGAGGAUGAAGCGGCUGCUCUCCGGGAAUUGUCUGUGGAGUGGACGACUGGGGGCUCCCAGGGAGACCUGGCCAGCAGCAAAGACAGCGAGACUACCCCCAGAGGGACGGAUGGGCCCAGCGGGACCCUGUUGAUGAGGAUGGUCUUGUACGUUCACCACAUCCGGGGCUUGGUGUUGACCCUCCUGGCCGAAGAGCCCUUGGUGAGCUCUGCAGACUUCGUUGAGGACGUGUACCACAGCAGCCUGGCUUCCCUGAACGGCCUGGAGGUCCACCUGGCAGAGACCCUUCCGAAGAGCACCCUCUCCUCGUCCAGGAGCACCUACAGCUUUGCUCACUAUGACGCCGUCCAGAACAUCCUUACCACCAACUUCCUGCAGACCACAAGCCCUGAGGACCAGCUCUUCCUGCAAGCCACUGGCCUAAUCCAUGCCACCUUUGAGCAACUCCCCACAGCAUCUGAAUUGACGCUCAGGAACGCCACCACGGCUGUCUACGGCUGCCGGAACACCAUCCAGGAGACCUACUUUCAGCAGAGGGGCUCGCCUCUCCUCAACUCGGGGGUGCCCAACCCCCAGGACAGCAUCGUCUAUCUGCCCGGCAAGGCCCGGCAGAAGCUGCUGAAGCAUGGGGUGAACCUGCUCUGAGGCAGGAGGGGCGCUCCCGGCAGCGGGUCUCUGUGGAAGCCAGGCCUGUCCAGGACUCUCUCAAUUCUGGCGCUGGUGCGUUUAACCCUGUCCAAUGCUCUUGACCCACUCACUCUGUAGGGAGAGAUCCCGGUGCCCAGCUGGGGCCUCUGCCCUGAAAAAGCAGGUGCCCGCUAGCCAAAGAGAGCAGCAAUCCAGCUGCUGCUGCGUCUCACAUCCUGCCCAUCCUAGGUUGAUUCAGCUUCAGGCAGGGAGGAGCUCUCUGGUGGGGCACCGACUCUGCCCCCCACCCUCCCUAAAGAGUGCAAGUGCAGCCCCAUUCAGGGCCCAUUCAGGCUUGGGAAAGCAGAUGGGCUCUCUUGCGCUGGCAGACCCCCAGAGCCUCUGCUGCAGGGCAGGGCCCUUCCACAGCUUCCACUGAUCAGAAAAAGGGGGAUGCUGCAGCCAUCAGUGGCCUUCCUCCGUUCGCUCUGGAAGGUGUUUUCUGAAUCGCAGAUGGUGGCACUGAGAGAGGACUUGCUCUGUCCUGGCAGUCCUCCAGGCUCUCCUGUUUGGGGGGGGUGUCUGCUUCCCUGAGGGGCUCCAGCCCCUUCCCCCGCUUCUGAGAUGGGCUGAUGGCUUUCCACUCCCUCUGGCAAGCAGACAGGGCUCCCUGCUGUUCUGAAUUCUCUGGGCAGCCUUUGUUCGGUAGGAAAGCAGCAUAUUUGGUGAGCGGGGGGUGGGGGGGUUGUCUGGGUUUGGCUGCAGCCUUCUGCCCAGGAGAAUAAAGCUGCCAACUUCAGCUCUGUGGCUUUCCCAGCCUGUGUUCACGACACGCAGGAUUAAAGGCACGUCAGCGUGCGCUUUGUUCCCAA